UGGUGCAUGUGUGCGAGUGUGCGCACGUGGGCACAGGCGUGUGCGCGGGAGUGCCCGUGAGAGGUGCGUGUACCAGAACGCGUGCCCGCGACUGCGUGUGUGCCCCUAAGUGUGCCCGGCUGCGCGGCGGGAGAGUCCCGCCCCUCCCCAGCCACCGGCCGGCCCUCCCCGCCCGCGCCUCCUGCGCCGGCUGCGUCCUCGCCUCCACCUCGCUCACCCCCUCCUCCCGCCCUUCCUCCGGUUCUCCCUCCCUAUCGCCUUACACAGCCGGACUCCCAGCUCUUCUCGUCGGCCGCCCUGGGAAUCACCGGCCGCCACCGCCCAGCCUGCACCCGGCGGACCCCCAGUGCUUGGGCACCUGUUGGAGGCACAGAGACAGGUGCAGGGGGCUGGGCUGCCGGGGCAUGAGGGUGAGGAUCAGGGUGCUGCAUGAGGGGCCGCAGGGGUGACCGCAUGACCAUCAACAUCCAGGAGCACAUGGCCAUCAACGUGUGCCCUGGGCCCAUCAGGCCCAUCCGCCAGAUCUCGGACUACUUCCCUCGCCGGGGACCAGGACCUGAAGGGAGUGGUGGGGGCUUCGGGGAGGCCCCUGCUCAUCUGGCCCCGCUGGCCCUGGCCCCUCCAGCAGCCCUCCUUGGGGCCACCACACCUGAGGAUGGAGCUGAGAUGGACAGCUAUGACUCGGAUGAUACCACUGCUCUGGGCACACUGGAGUUUGACCUUCUCUACGACCAGGCCUCCUGCACUCUGCACUGUAGUAUCCUCAAGGCUAAGGGCCUCAAGCCCAUGGGCUUCAAUGGCCUGGCUGACCCCUACGUCAAGCUGCACCUGCUGCCAGGAGCCUGCAAGGCCAAUAAACUAAAAACCAAGACUCAGAGGAACACAUUGAAUCCCGUGUGGAAUGAGGACCUGACGUACAGUGGAAUCACGGAUGAUGACAUCACCCACAAGGUGCUCAGGAUCUCUGUCUGUGAUGAGGACAAGCUGAGCCACAAUGAGUUCAUCGGGGAGAUCCGAGUACCCCUCCGCCGCCUCAAGCCUUCACAGAAGAAGCACUUUAACAUCUGCCUUGAGCGCCAGGUCCCGCUGGCUUCACCCUCUUCCAUGUCUGCGGCACUGAGGGGCAUCUCCUGUUACCUGAAGGAGCUGGAGCAGGCAGAACAGGGACCUGGGCUGCUGGAAGAGCGUGGACGCAUCCUGCUGGGCCUCAGCUACACCUCUCAGCGCCAGGGACUACUGGUGGGCAUUGUGCGCUGUGCCCACUUGGCUGCCAUGGAUGUCAAUGGCUACUCUGACCCCUACGUCAAGACGUACCUGAGGCCCGACGUGGACAAGAAAUCCAAGAAUAAAACAUGUGUGAAGAAGAAGACUCUCAAUCCAGAAUUUAAUGAGGAGUUUUUCUAUGAGAUGGAGCUCUCCACUCUGGCCACCAAGACUCUGGAAGUCACAGUCUGGGACUAUGACAUUGGCAAAUCCAAUGACUUCAUUGGUGGUGUGUCCCUGGGGCCAGGUGCCCGAGGAGAGGCCCAGAGGCACUGGAAUGACUGUCUGCAACAGCCAGACAUAGUCCUGGAGCGCUGGCACACCUUGACCAGCGAGUUGCCCCCAGCGGCUGGGGCUCUGCCCUCAGCCUGAGUGGGACAACAGCUGCCCAGCAGAAGCCCCUUGGGCCAAGUCCAGUACCCAACCUCCGCACGAGUGUUUUGCACGUUUACACGGGGUGGACGCCCUGCCCCCCACUACCUGUCUUAUUUCCUGAGAGUCUCCGUGACUGUGGAGAUCUGUAUUCACAUAUGCAAACUUCCUUCUGCCUCAUUUGCCACACAUGCAAAUAUGCAAACCACCCAUCCUGUGCACACUGCAGGGGGAGUCCUGUUAAUGCCCCUUGCUGAGGCCCUGCUGCUCCUCUCCUCUGUCCUACCUCUCCAGGCUGCCCGGUCCCCCUCUACCCACAGGGAGGAGGUCGGAUUGGGGGGGGUUGGAGGAGGAGAAUGUUCCCAACAAAGAAAAGGACGAAAAGGCAAAAAAGAGCCACUACUUUAAUACAUAAUCAUUAAAAAAUGAAAACAC